AUGGAAGAGCGACGAGAAUCCACAGCCUCGGAAGAGGCUUUUUUUCUUCAACAACUAGAACCAUCACCAAUCGAAUCGCCUUCCUCAGAUGCAGGACCUGAGAAGCAACUACCCGAUCUGCCUUCUCCUCCACACUCUUUAGGACUGAGCGGAAGUGGGCAUGGCGUUGCAUAUUACCAACCCUACCUCCUCCUCACACGGCCCUACUACCAAUCCUUCCCCCUCGAACCCCUCCUCAUCACGCUCCCCAUCACAACGCACAUUCUCUCCGGCCUCGCGUUACGAAUCCACCGUCGAAAUGGGAAUCUAAAGCGAUACGGCGCUGCGAAUCUGUCGAUCAGUUCACGCUUAUCAAAGAGGUUGAAGGUCUGGCCGGCUGUGAGUUGGACUAGUGCAAGUGGGUAUAUACUCGCGCCGCUGGUACUGACGCAUGCGUUUGUGAACCGUAUAUUACCGUGGGUGUAUGAGGGCGGUUCAAGUGGCGUGGGAUUGGGGUAUGUCGCGCAUGGCUUUGCACGGCAUCCGGCUAUUGCUUGGACGGGGUAUGUGGCGCUUGUAGCUACGGCAUCAGGUCACUUUGUUUGGGGCGCGGCAAGGUGGAAUGGGUGGGUUGAAGCGGGGAAUGGGGAGAAGGCCAAGAGGAGAUGGUGGGUUAUCAAUGGGGUUGCUAUUGCGCUUGCGGGGCUGUGGAUGGCUGGCGGGUUAGGAGUUGUGGGAACGGGGGGUUUGAGUGAGGGGUGGAUUGGGAAGGGGUAUGAUGUGCUGUAUUCGAAGGUUCCUUUGGUGAAGCUGUAG